UACCACACAAGCUACGCCAUUUUGUUUUUUGUCUUUAACAAAUCACAAAUCACCAAACGUCACCUUUCCUUUGGUGAGCAAGGUGUGUUCACGUGAGGUUGUGUGGUCCCUCGGAAAUAGGUCACACAAUCCUCAGAAUUUCGUGAAAUAUUCUUGUAAAAUAUAAAAAAAAAAUAUAAAAUCUAUAAAAAUACAAAAAAAUAGUAAAAUAUUUAAAAAAUAAACGGGAAGCACUUGUUUUUUUAAUUUAGUCUACGUAAGCGUGCAACGUGGUCUAAGGAAUGCGAUAGGAAAUCGUGAAGAGAAAGUGAAGCAGCUUUGUACUAUUAAUUAAUGAGUUUUAUUAUACAGUUAUAUUAAAGAAGCCACAAUGAAUCCUGGUCCACCAAAUUAUCCGAUGGCAUCGCUCUACGUUGGAGAUCUGCACUCCGAUAUAACCGAAGCCAUGUUGUUUGAAAAAUUUUCUACCGCUGGCCCCGUUCUUUCCAUUCGCGUUUGCAGAGAUAUGAUAACACGUAGAUCUCUUGGUUACGCUUACGUAAAUUUUCAACAGCCUGUUGAUGCGGAACGCGCUUUAGAUACAAUGAAUUUUGAUAUGAUCAAGGGUAGACCUAUUCGAAUUAUGUGGUCUCAACGUGAUCCAUCUCUACGCAAAUCUGGUGUUGGUAAUGUUUUUAUUAAAAACCUCGAUAAAACCAUUGACAAUAAAGCUAUGUAUGAUACUUUCUCAGCCUUUGGAAAUAUUUUGAGCUGUAAAGUAGCUCAAGAUGAAAAUGGAGCAUCUAAAGGGUAUGGUUUUGUCCAUUUUGAAACUGAAGAAGCUGCGAACAAAUCAAUUGAUAAAGUAAAUGGAAUGCUGCUGAACGGCAAAAAAGUUUAUGUUGGCAGAUUUAUUCCUCGCAAAGAACGCGAAAAGGAGCUUGGAGAAAAGGCUAAAUUAUUUACCAAUGUAUAUGUCAAGAAUUUUGGUGAUGAUUUUUCUGAUGAACUCUUGAAGGAUAUGUUUGAGAAGUAUGGCCGUAUAACAAGCCAUAAAGUAAUGUAUAAGGAUGAUGGUUCCUCAAGAGGCUUUGGUUUUGUCGCAUUCGAAGAUCCAGAUGCUGCAGAGAGAGCUUGUUUAGAGCUAAAUGGCAAAGAGCUUGUCGAAGGAAAACCACUUUACGUAGGCCGUGCUCAGAAAAAGGCUGAACGUCAAAAAGAACUCAAACGUAAAUUUGAGCAACUCAAAUCUGAACGACUAACUCGUUAUCAAGGAGUUAAUUUAUAUGUGAAGAACUUAGAUGAUACUAUUGAUGAUGAAAGAUUGCGCAAAGAAUUCGCACCUUUUGGAACCAUAACUUCAGCGAAGGUAAUGUUAGAAGACGGUCGCAGUAAAGGUUUUGGGUUUGUGUGUUUCUCUUCACCCGAAGAAGCAACCAAGGCAGUUACAGAAAUGAAUGGUAGAAUUGUUGGUACUAAACCACUUUAUGUAGCUUUGGCUCAACGUAAAGAAGAUCGGAAGGCUCACCUGACAUCGCAAUAUAUGCAACGAAUGGCCAGUAUGCGUAUGCAACAAAUGGGUCAAAUUUUCCAACCAGGUAGUGCAGGUGGGUACUUUGUACCUACUAUUCCUCCUGCUCAAAGAUUUUAUGGCCCUGCGCAGAUGACACAAAUACGUCCUUCACCAAGAUGGACUGCACAACCCUCUGUUAGACCCAGUACGCAGGCUGCAGCUUCUGCUUAUCCUAAUAUGCAACCUCCAUUCCGCCCUGCACCACGUGGACCAACUCAAACUGCACUACGAACUUCUUUAGGUGCAAGACCAAUAACAGGACAGCAAGGUGUUGCAGCAGCUUCUACAAUUCGUGCACCACUUGUUACAAGUGGUCGUCCAGCAGGGUACAAAUACACUGCUAACAUGCGAAACCCCCCUGCUCCACAGCCAGCAGUACACAUUCAAGGACAAGAACCAUUAACAGCAACAAUGCUAGCAGCUGCACCUCUACAAGAACAGAAGCAAAUGCUAGGUGAACGACUAUUCCCACUGAUUCAGAGGAUGCAUCCUGAUUUGGCGGGUAAAAUAACUGGAAUGUUAUUGGAAAUUGACAAUUCUGAGUUGUUGCAUAUGCUGGAACAUGCAGAGUCGCUUAAGGCAAAGGUGGAUGAGGCUGUUGCUGUUUUGCAAGCUCACCAAGCUAAACAGCAAGCCACAAAGAAAGACUAAGUCAAUUUGACACAGUUAUUUUUUUUUUGCUGUUCUUUUGUUUUAUGCUUCGAACAUCUUUAUAUGUAUUAGUAUAAGUCCCGAUCAUUAAAAAAAUAUAUUAAAAUAAAAAUUGAAAAAUUAAAAAAUUGUGGAAUGCACUUUUCCAACUUAUACUUCUUUAUUAUAACAUAUUGGAAGUGCAUAUCUGCAAACAAAAACAAAGCAACUUUCAACAUUUCUAAAUUGUAUGGAACAGUUGUGUUUAAAAGCUCAUUUUGACUUUCUAUAUUGACCAAGAAGUUUCAUUUAAGUUUAGUGUUAUAAUUUUCAUUUUCUGUCUUAAUGGAGUUGGCUUUUGUACUUGCAAUUGCUAUCUUUCGUCUACUUUAUUAUUUCCUUGUCAGUUAUGUAUUGGGUUAUACCAUGUAUUGAAAACUUGGUCUCCAUUAUAACUGAAAGUUUUCUUUUGUUUAUCCAUUAUAUAUUAAACUAAU